AUGUCACUGAAUUGUACACUUAGAAAUUGAUAAAUUGGUGUGUGUUCUGCUGUAUAUAUUCUCAACAACAGGAAAAAUUAAAAAAUUAUAAAAAGGGGGUGGGCAGGACAUUAACAUAUGGUCCAGGUCUUCAAGUGACACGAAACUGAAAAUAAAAUGUCAAGGAGUUCUGAAAGACAUAAAUUCUGAGUUGAAUUUUGAUAGAUAAAUGAGUAUUAAUUGAUAAAUUUUGGAAAUGGUAAUGAUGAAGAACUAUAUUGUAGAUAGUGGUGAUGUUUGUGAUAAUGGAAAUGAUACAUUUGUGUGGUUCUGUCUCUUGUCUUUCUCACCAGAUAUUCACAAUAAGCUCUUAUUUCUCCAUUAAGAUGAACACUCUUCCUGGAUAUAUUAGUAAAAGUUUUUUUGUUUUUUUUUUAAUUUUCAAGUUGUCAUUGGUAUCUCAAGAAACAUCUUCCUUCUUGUCAUCCACACAAGCACAUUAUUUCUAGAUCACAGGCCAAAGCCCACAGAUUUGACCAUUGGUCUCUUGGCCCUCACCCACAUAGUGAUGAUCGUCACCACGGUGAUAAUGGUGUCUCUAGACAUAUUAGACAUAUUAGGGUCACACAAUGUUCAGGUUGACUUAACGUGUAAGGCCAUGCCCUACUUGAAGACAGUGAUGAGGGACCUCUCCAUCUGCACUAUCUGCAUGCUGAGUGUGCUCCAAGCCAUCACCAUCUGCCCCAGCAACUCCUGGUUAGCAAAGUUCAAACAUCAACCCUUUCAUUACAUCCUAUGUUUAUUUCUUCUCUUUUUUGUUCUCAACUUGCCCCUAAGUGGCAUCAUCAUUAUCUAUACAUCUGCCGUCCCUAAUGGAACCAAGGAAAAUAUUUUGGUUUUCACUGAACACUGUGCUCUUUGGCCCAUGAGAUAUUUCUUGUUUCUUUGGACAUUAUCUUGGCACUUACUUUGGAUAAAUGAUCCAGUUUCAAUAUGUUUUCGGAUACUCAUGGUCAAUGGCUACUCUUCAAUUAAAAAAAAAUUAGUUCUGUUAUAUUAG